UUAUCAUAUGCUUCUGUCACGCAUACGCACUGCACUACUGCACACAACAUUUUGAGUGAUACUUUCAAUUCUUGCUGUUUCUCUGUGUUGGUUGUGCAAUAUUAACAUUAUUAUUGUUAAACUGUGACGACAGUGAUUCGAAUAUGUCUUUGAACACGGCACAUGCAAAUGGGGGUGUUUUGAUACAUGCAGGAGAAUGCAUCCUGCUCUUCUCAGACAAUGUGCAGAUGGAGUUCCACGGCCAGGACUCUGCUGCGUUUAAGGGCAGCAAGACGGGACGUCUCUACUUGACCACUCAUCGGAUGAUCUUCAACAACAAGAAUCUCAGUGACCCCAUGGUCUCAUUUAGCUUCCCUUUCUGCACAAUCAGUGACGUGGAGUUGGAACAGCCUGUGUUCGGGGCUAACUACAUCAAAGGCAAGGUCCGAGCACAGCCCAACGGCAACUGGGUCGGUGAGGCCAAGUUCAAACUAAGCUUCAAGAAGGGAGGAGCCAUAGACUUCGGUCAAGCUAUGCUCAAAGCCGCUCAAAUGGGUAAAAGCAAAUCCACUCGCAAUGGAGUGCCAGACGCCCCGCCACCAUACAUGCCCCCGACAGGACCCUGGUACAACGCCCCUCCCCCUGCCUACGCCCCACCUGCUGGGGGCAUCUAUGGGUGGAACAGCAACGUCACUGGUUUCAACACACCCCCGCCACCCAACACAGUAUACAUGGUAGAGAGCCCCCCACCAUACCCGGGUAUCAUGCCAGGGUACAACGGGUAUGCCUCCGCUCCCCCCUCCGGUGCCACUGGGUUUGCACAACCUCCCCCUUGUCCAGCUGAUGCCAAAGCCGCAGAAGCUGCUCAGAGUGCGUACUACGACCCAAACCGGCCUCAAUGUGCCUACGUCCCCCCGCCCGCAUACUAUGAAUCCCCUCCUCCAUACCAAAUGAACGGGGAAGCCAAGAAAGAGAAGUGAAGAAGUAAACGAAUGCAGCUGCAUAACUAUAUUGGGAUAUUUCAUUUAGUUAUAUCUAUGAUAUUUUAUAUUCAAAUCACUGUAAAUUAUAUAAUGUAAACUUAACCAAGAAUAAUGUACUUUUGCAUUCCAGUGUAACUCGAUUUUGUAAAUGUUGUUAGAGUUGUAAGUAUUUAUGUUAAGAGUUUUGAUUCGUUUACUAAAUUAAGUUACUGCUUUGAGAGCUUUUGACACAGGUUUGUUUAGCCAACCGUGUCUUGUGUUUAUUAAAGUAUUAUGUAGCGUUUUCAAUAAAUGAUUGUUGUUUA